CUUAAAUUUGAGUUUUACCAUGGAGCGUUUCCCACAUAAAAUUGCAGCAGCUGUAUUUGUUACUGCCUUCAUGCCCCUUAGCGGAACAACUCUCUCUGAUAUUAUCGCUGAGAUCUUAUCCUUUAUUGGAGACUUUGGAGACUCCACAUUUUACUAUGCAAACGGGAAAGGGAAUCCGGCAACAUCAUUCAAGUUGGGCACCCAGUUUACGCGACAAUCUUUAUUACAGAACAGUCCUCCUUGGGAUCUGACGUUGUGGGAAUCGCUGGUGAAAAAAUUUCCUCUAUGGUAUGAACCUCUUUUGUAUACAGCUAAAAACUAUGGAAGUGUUAGGAGAAUAUACGUUGUGUCAAAGGAGGAUAAGCUUCUUGUGGAGGCGUUCCAGAGAAAAACGAUUGUAGAGAAUCCUCCACAAAUGGUGUACGAAAUUGAAGGAUCUGAUCACGCCGUAUUCUUCUCCAAGCCUCUUCAACUGACUGAGGUGCUCAUAAAAAUUGCUAAUAUGUGUGUGUGAAA